AUCGCAAAACACAAUAAAAUAAACAACAUGUAUUUAAUUAAUAUAAAUAUAUAGUAAAUAUAAUAAUUCUUUGAUAUUAUUUUGUUUUUGUUUUGAGAAAGUUUUGGAGUCUUCUACGGUCUCACCAUUAGACCGCUCAAACUCCCCCUCCUUUUCUAAAGUGUUCCAGCGACAUCUGGGAAAAGUGUCCUGUCUCUUUAAAUUCUCUUCCAGCGUUUCCUUCAGCAUGUAUGUGACCAUUAAAAAGAAAUAAAGCUUGAAGUCAGCCGCACAAACACAGGCUGAUUAGAAGAAAAAGAAAACAGAUUUUUAAUAAUAUGGGAGCAUCUUGUUUUGUUUUGUUUUUUUCAAAGAACAUUUUUCAAUCAUUUAAACUGUGGAGACGGACUUCAACCAGGACAAAGAAAAUAGUAAAAUAAUAGCUCUCCUGUCCACUUUUGUUUUACCUUUUCUCUCAUCUUGUGGUCUUCCUGGGAAAUAGGAAUGCUGCUGCACAUCUGUGCUGUGAUGUGGUUCUCUUCCAACAUUUUUCUACAAUGCAGGUCUGUGCUCUGUAAGGAGACCAAGUUUACCAGCAAGACCGUCAAGCCUCCGUCUCCGUCUGACUUUCUGGACAAACUUAUGGGGUGCACAUCUGGUUAUGACGCCCGCAUUAGACCAAACUUUAAAGGUCCUCCUGUCAACGUCACCUGUAACAUCUUUAUAAACAGCUUUGGAUCCAUCACUGAAACAACAAUGGAUUAUCGACUCAACAUUUUCCUGAGACAACAGUGGAAUGACCCGCGGCUGGCGUACAAGGAGUAUCCUGACGACUCUCUGGACUUGGAUCCCUCCAUGUUGGACUCUAUUUGGAAACCAGACUUGUUCUUUGCAAAUGAGAAGGGAGCAAACUUUCAUGAGGUCACGACAGACAACAAACUUCUUCGCAUAUUCCAGAAUGGAAACGUUCUUUACAGCAUCAGGUUGACACUAACUCUGUCAUGUCCCAUGAAUUUGAAAAACUUCCCGAUGGACAGUCAAACGUGUAUCAUGCAGCUUGAAAGCUUUGGAUACACCAUGAAUGAUCUUAUUUUUGAAUGGCUGGAUGUGGGGGCUGUCCAGGUGGCAGACGACCUUACCCUCCCCCAAUUUGUACUAAAAGAGGAGCAGGGCCUCGGCUACUGCACCAAACACUACAACACAGGGAAAUUCACCUGUAUAGAGGUCAGAUUUUACCUGGAUCGUCAGAUGGGCUACUACCUCAUUCAGAUGUACAUUCCAAGCCUGCUCACCGUCAUCCUGUCCUGGGUGUCGUUCUGGAUCAACAUGGACGCAGCUCCGGCCAGAGUGGGACUGGGCAUCACUACGGUGCUGACGAUGACAACACAGAGCUCUGGGUCCAGGGCUUCCUUACCAAAGGUGUCCUAUGUGAAGGCCAUAGACAUCUGGAUGGCCGUUUGUCUGCUCUUCGUCUUCGCUGCACUGCUGGAGUACGCAGCUGUUAAUUUUGUUUCCCGCCAGCACAAGGAGUUCUUCAGACUGAGGAAAAAGCUCAGGGAGCAACGACGACAGAAAGCUCAGGGAAAUGGUAAAGGAAAAGGAAACAACACAUCAGGCAGCGGUGUUCCUCAGGGAAACGCCCAGCAGUGCAGCGUCUGUUCUCAGGAGGAGCAGGAACAGCAGGACAUACUCUUCCAGAGUUUCGGAUUUGCACUGUCAGCAAGAAACGUACCUGAUAUGGAUGCACCAGUGUUUGCCGAUUUGCCUCCUGGCCUGGGUUUCUAUGACAUUCGCAAGCGCUUUGUCGAUCGUGCAAAAAGAAUCGACACCAUUUCACGUGCACUUUUUCCCAUGAGCUUUCUCAUGUUCAAUGUUCUUUACUGGCUCACUUACAAAGUCCUUUGGCAUGAAGACAUUCAGGCCACAAUGUGAUUUCAUAACCCUGUAAGCCAGUGGUCUACUGGCGACAGGUGAACUACCAAGCCCCCAGGUACUCCACCCUUUAUAAGUUUGUAAAAGAAAUACUGAAAAAUGUCAAGCACUUAAUCCAAAAUAAAUUGUUAAACUUUGAGCACACCCAAGGAAUCCAAGCAGCCAGACAAACUGUACAAACUAUUUAAAAAUAUUUUUAUUAAAAAAAUUAUAUAAUAAAAAAAAACUGCAUAUAAAAGACAGUCAUGUAUGGGUAUUCCACUCAUAGUAAAAAAAAAAUUGUUGUGUUUGUCAUCAAUUAAUGUUGAAGAAAAUUGCAUGUAUGGAAAAAGAUCCAAACCCCAUUGGUGAUGACUGUCACUAAUGAUACUUGAGAUUACUGCCAUUAGCUGCAUCCAAAACACCAAUUCAUGUUUUGAGUUCUGAGCACCAAAGUCUGUAGAUCCUCAUUAUAGGAACAGACUAAACAAUCGUGGGCUGCUGUGUGACAACUACUGUAUGAGACCAAGUGGCAAAUGAAGACACAUGAAUACAAACACAGCUACUUCAGCUCAUAUCUGAGAUCUGAUUGGUGUUUGAUGAAAUCCCGUACAGCCUUUCUUAUAAUCUGGUGAGUCUGACCAUAGACACAGGCUAAAAGAGAAGCAGAGGACAUAUUUUCCUGGAAGUGCACAGCUUCACAGGCUUCAGGUCAUCUCCUUUGCAAAGUGUUCUGGUCAACAUUAAAAAAAAAA